AUGGACUUUAAGCUGAAGAACAUUCGAAUUGUUAUCUUUGCAUGCAUCCUUGUGCACAACUUUCUGCGUGACCAUUGCGUGGAUGAUAUGGGGGCUGAUUUGCGCCGCGACGAUGAUGACCCAUUUGAAGAAAGCGAUGAUGAAGAAGGUGGUGACGAUAUCAUCGAGUUUGAUUUUGAGAGUGGUGAUGAGUGGAGAGCUUGGAUGGCGCGCGCUAUUUGGGAUGAAUACGUCGAAAUGAGAGCUGGAGAGACAGCUUCAGCAGCUGAGGACACGGAGUAUUCUCCCGAAGAAAUGGGGGAGGAAGAUGCCUGCACCCCAUCACUUGCUGAUCCGGAGAGUUCCGAUAGCACCGACACGUCCAGUGCGACUGGUUCAGAUGAUUCUGGUUUACCCGGCGAAGAUGGCGACGCUUCCAUGGAAUAA